ACAAUAAUUUUAAACAUCCUGUCAAAAUGAGCAACGAAGAGAUGCAAUUGGCUCUCCAAAUGGCAGCCAACUCUAUAUCUGUGGAGGAUGAUCCUGAUAGCAAAUAUGAAACACUAAGUUCUCCGAAGCCGUUGAGGAGAGCACGUGUUUUAGAUUUGAAUGAAAGACGUAAACAAUUUCGGCGUACUCGCAGCCUAAACGCACCGUCACCGUUCCAGCAAUUUGGACCAUGUGGGGGUAUUAUGAAAAACUCGGCAAUGGUUAUGCAAAUCCAAGAUCCAGCCAGUCAGCGUCUGACAUGGUACAAGCCCCCACUCACGGUGCUGGUCAUCAAGAAAGUCUGCGAUGCCUCCGUACUGACGCCAUUCGUGCAGCUGGUCACUUGGUUGGUUCAGGAGAAGAAUAUGGUUGUUUGGGUAGAGUCUGCGGUGCUAGACGACGUUAUUCUUAACGAAGACAUAAAAUUUCGCUCUAUUCGCGAUAAGCUGGUGACUUUCAAAGAUGGCCGGGAUGAUCUUACAGACCGUAUCGACUUUAUUGUCUGUCUUGGUGGUGAUGGCACACUAUUAUAUGCUUCGCUAUUGUUCCAGCAAUCGGUACCACCUGUGAUGGCCUUCCACCUAGGAUCUUUGGGCUUUUUGACGCCAUUUCGGUUUGAUAAUUUCCAAGAACAACUAACCAGUAUAUUGGAGGGCCAUGCAGCGCUUACAUUGCGUAGUCGGCUACGUUGCGUGAUGCAUCGAAAAAGCGAAAAUCCCCACGAGUUCGAACAUGCGGUAGAUUCGAAUGCUGAGCCGUCGUCCUCCUUGGCCAACAGCAUAUUAGUAUUAAACGAAGUCGUAAUUGACCGUGGCCCAUCACCGUACUUAAGCAAUAUUGAUUUGUUUUUAGAUGGCAAGUAUAUUACGUCGGUGCAGGGCGAUGGCUUGAUUGUGUCCACGCCUACGGGUAGCACGGCGUAUGCGGUGGCCGCUGGUGCCUCCAUGAUACAUUCUUCCGUGCCUGCCAUUAUGGUGACACCAAUAUGUCCGCACUCGUUGAGUUUUCGACCGAUAGUAGUGCCCGCAGGGGUUGAAUUAAAAAUUUCAGUUUCACCCGAGAGUCGGAAUACUUCAUGGGUGAGCUUUGAUGGUCGCAAUCGCCAAGAGCUGUUUCAUGGCGACAGUCUGCGCGUAACCACGUCAAUUUAUCCCGUCCCCAGUAUUUGUGCCCAAGAUCAAAUAUCUGACUGGUUUGCGUCGCUAGCCGAUGGACUGCAUUGGAAUGUGCGCAAGCGUCAGAAAUGUCUUGAUGAAUUAUCAGACUUAACUGCAUCUGGAUCGGAGGAUAUAUUCGAUGAGAUUGAAAAUACAAAAUUGUAUGAUGUGUAGUAAGUUUCAGAGACACCCAUUUGGAAAAUAGUAAGCUUGCAAGCUUUCA